AUGACUAAAGCAGAGCUUCUCGGCUUUGGUCGACCGUUAGAUUGCUACUAUGCCUUCCCAGAAUGCAGCUUCCCGCAUGUUCUGCGACAGGAUGACAUUGAGCUUCCUGGACGAAUGUGUACAUAUCGAGAAAUCCUCAUCAUGAUAGUCAUAAAUGCUAUCACGGACGAGCCUGAGUGGGACCGGAAGGUCUUUGACAAGGAAACCACUGCCAAAUGGCGCAGCGAGAUAGUUGAUAGUGACAAAGACAUCACCCCUAACAUGAUAGACUGGAUCAUAGAUGAGGUGAAAUGGAAAGCGGAGAACUAUUCCACUACUAGUUUUGUAGUCGUCUUCGAUCCUGGAGUCGUCAAGUCGGACACUGCAAUCUCAGAGGAACUACAGAACGCAUUGAAAGAUGGCGUGCGAACGCUGGAACAUAGUCUUACAGAAAAGGAUUAUCAUCCAGGUUCCGAUGACAGGAUUGUAGACCUUGUACAUCCAUCCCUUUUCCCAGUCGUCUUUGGCCGAACAAGAGCUAUCUCUGGCUCUUUGAUUAAACGUGAGGGUUGCCUCGAUAUCAUCGGACAAGAAACAGUUCUCCCUGUUCCUGCCGAAGACGACCUCACAUCGGACAGCUUUAAACAUUAUAGCUGGGGGUUUCAGUGGUUGCCUUGCGACGUGGAUCUCCUCGAUCACGGGUCAUGCGCCAUAGUAUCUUAUAUCAACAAUCUUCACCCGCAGCAGAAUGCACACCUCUACCAUAUCAUCGAGAAAAUCAUCGCCCAGGCUAUUCCACUCUGGAAUACAACAUUGACCUGCAUGAACCAUGCCUAUUGGCGAAUCCCUUACAAUAGAGUGGAAUUUGAGGCUUGUGUCAGCGGCAAACAGGAGUCAGACGUCGGCGAAGAGAGCUCUGAUGACGAGUCAUGGGAGAGCGAACGGUCACGGCCAAUUAAGGUUAUUAAGCAUUGGUUAAGGCGUUGGAGUCGGGGUGGAGCAUCACAGCUUACGGCGCUACUGCCCCUUCUCUACACUAAAGUGCGGCCCAUGUUAAGGACUUAA